GGUUAAAUUGCAUUUGGUACACGUGUUAUGUGUAUGCACGUUGUCAAAAGCAGCGCUCAUUUAUCAUACAAUUAUAUUAUUCUGAAAAUUAAGACUUCUUUUGAGCGUUGAAAUUAUGAGUUUUUCUGUACAUAAAUCGUACGUAGCUUUAUGUAAUAACGAACGUGUGACAAUAUACAACCUUGAAAAUCACACCGAAAAUGUGAUAAAUUUGCCCGAUCUGGAAUCAAACAAAAGAAUAGACGUACACAACAAUGUGGACAUUGAAACUUAUCACAUGAUAACGUCUGUGACAUUCUCGGAGGAUGGGAGAUAUUUUGCGGUGUGUACGAAUCGUAAACAACUGUGCUUAUACGAGACAAAGGAUUUGAAACUUUUGUCGAAUCGAACACUCGCCAGAGCUGCCAGCAAAGUGAGAUUCUCUUCGAACAAUGAUAUCGUAGUUGCUGAUAAAGCUGGAGAUGCUUAUUUAUUUUCUACCAGCUCUCCAACGGAAAACGGAGUGUUGAUUUUGGGACACAUGUCAAUGCUCCUUGACGUGCUCAUCACGCAGGAUAUGAAAUAUAUUUUGACGACUGAUCGAGACGAGAAGAUUAGAGUUUCUAUGUUCCCAAACUGUUACAACAUUGUGUCUUUUUGUCUGGGACAUGCAAAGUUCGUAACGAAUAUCUCGGAGUUGCCUCAUAAAAAGAACAUCUUAAUAUCAUGCGGUGGUGAUGGAGUUUUUAAAUUGUGGGAUUACAAGCACGGAACUGAAUUAAUAUCUGUAAACUUUUGCGAUAGAAUAUCAAAAUGUGACGUUGCAAAAUUUAAUCAAGAUCUUCGUGAUCAUAAUUGUGACGAAACUGUAGAUAUAUUGCCUGUUAAGCACCUGAGAGUGUCUAGCCUUAGCGAAACGCAGUCUUUAGUUAUAAUAAGCUUUUACAGUAGCGAAGUACUAUUAGCUUAUAACAUUAUUAGUAACAAUGAAACACAGCUAAAAGCAAAUUAUUUAGAAUCUAUAGCUGUAGGAGCUGAACCUAUCGAAUGUCUCUUACAUGAACAAUAUUUGUGGGUAUUGACAAAUGUAGGACUACAAACAUGCAAAUUUGAAGACGGUAAUUUUGUACAUUAUAGAUUAGAGAUUUUAAAUUUAGUAACCCAACACCUUAAUAAGUGUUGGGAAACUCUGAAAAGUACUAUCGUCAAUCAGAAUUUGUUUCCAAUUUUAUAUAAGAGAAAAUAUGAUAAUGUACAGGAAUAUCUAGAAAGGAAAAAAAUCCGUCUUGCAAAUACAGAAUAGAUUAUAAUACUAUUUUUAUAAAUGUUGUAAGUAUGAUUGUGUUCAGUAUUUUAUAAAACAUCUCAAUAAACGUUUACAGUGAUUAAAAUCAGGAAUAAAAUGUAUAUUUAUUUU